GAUGGCUGCUGGCUCGUAGGUACAUACACAAAAGAAGAAGAACGUUCUGUGAUUUUUUUUUUUUUGAUCAGUGAAGGUGUGAAACCGAUGGAAGUUCAUCGACAGAUGAAGGUUCGGUAUGAUGAUGCAUGCUUGUCACAGCAGCAAGUGUACGAGUGGAGUAGGAAAUUCAGAAAUGGUGUGACGUCUGUGGCAGACGCUCCUCACCCGCGUCAGGUGCACAGAGUUGUGACCCCCGAGUCUGUUGCAGCAGUUGAAGCCCUAGCGAUAGAGAAUCGCCAAGUGUCGGUGGAUGAAAUAGCCGAAAUUCUUAACAUGAAUUACGGAUCAGCACACCAUGUCAUUCAUGAUGUGCUCCAGUUUCACAAAGUGUCUGCAAGGUGGGUGCCACAGCAGCUGACUCCAGAAUUGAAACAACGUGUUGACACCCGUAAAGAACUUCUGCGGCGCCUUGAAGCAGAAGGUGGUGGCUUCCUUUUGAGAAUCGCUAUUGGUGAUGAAACUUGGGUGCACUACCACCAACCACAAACAAAGAGAACAAGCAAGGAAUGGCAUCAUUCCUCAUCACCAAAAUCCAAGAAGUUGCGAAUCGCAUUAAUGCAUUUCCUGUAAGCAUCCGUACUUCAAAGUAUGAAUGCAUAUUCUUAAUAACUGCUGCAGACCAGCUCGGUCUAACAUAUAAGAGCCACAUGGAUACACAACAAAGGCGUAUAUUACUUUUGUCUACCUCUGUAGUGUAUGGUUCCGAGUAUCUUCAUUAUGCAACGGAUGACAUAAAUAAGUUUUUGAAAAGUAAGCACAAUGUUUCACAUAUCCUGUUUGUACCAUAUGCGUUACAUGAUUGCGAUGAAUACGCAAAUAAAGUUACAGGUGCCUUCGAGAAAUGGGGUUACAAAGUAAACAGUAUCCACACCUCAGAAGAUCCUGUUCGGGCUGUAGAAGAAGCAGAAGCAUUUUUUGUGGGUGGUGGUAACACAUUCCAACUCUUGAAGGCAUUGUAUGACUUUAAGAUAAUUGAUCCAAUCAGAAAGCGUGUGCUAGAGGAAGGUAUACCAUACAUUGGAAGCAGCGCAGGCUGUAAUGUGGCAACUGUCAGUAUUUGUACAACAAAUGAUAUGCCUAUUGUACAUCCACCCAGCUUCACAGCUCUUGGGCUUAUUCCUUUCAACAUCAACCCUCACUAUUUGGAUGACAAUCCUACAACACAUAUGGGAGAAACACAGGAACAAAGAAUUGAAUAGUACCAUAAGAUCCCUGGAGCUCCUCCUGUGGUGGGUUUGUGAGAAGGAAGCCUACUGCAUAUUGAAGGAGAUAAAAUGACACUUGUAGGGAAGUGUAGUGCACAUAUAUUUUCACCGGGAAAGAAUCCUGAGGAGUAUGAAGCAGGGUCAGAUCUUAGUUUUCUGCUGAAAGCUGUGUGACAAGUUAACACAUUCUAAUUUUUAAAGUGAAAAGUGCUUUAUAUGAUUUAAAUUAACGUUAUAUUGGGAAGGACAUUUCAGUUUUUCAGCAUUCAGCUUAAGUAUUGUUGAAUGUAUGUGUGAUCAGGGUGUGAUUAAAUGUAUAUGUAAUCAACUUACAUGAUAUGUAACAUGUAUUUUAAUAAUUUUACACUUAUGUUCUGAUGACUUUUAUUGUCUUAUAAACUGGCAGAACUACCCAUUUUUUGUAGUUAUAACAUUGCGAUUUUCCACUUUGUGUUUCCUGGUUUCAGUUGUUUCUGGUAGUACAGGCAUGCUAUAUCAUGUAUGCAUUGACAUGACAUUAAGAAAUUAUUGAUGAUAAUCUCAGAAUUCUUCAUGCCACUUGGAAAGACUCUGUGUACACUGGAAUAGAUGGGACCUCUAAUUUUGAAGAUAUAAAUGAACAUCAAAACACACAUUUAAUUUUAUAUGUAAGACUGUACAUAUUUGAAACAGUAUGUGGUAUAUAAUGCUGGUCAUUAAAAUAUUAACAUCAACCAUACCUCAUUCCUAGGGCAAUUUUAUAUGUAAGAGUGUACAUAUUUGAAACAGUAUGUGGUAUAUAAUGCUGGUCAUUAAAAUAUUAACAUCAACCAUACCUCAUUCCUAGGGCAAUUUUAUAUGUAAGAGUGUACAUAUUUGAAACAGUAUGUGGUAUAUAAUGCUGGUCAUUAAAAUAUUAACAUCAACCAUACCUCAUUCCUAGGGCAAUUUUAUAUGUAAGAGUGUACAUAUUUGAAACAGUAUGUGGUAUUACAAUGCUGGUCAUUACUAUUUGUUACUAUUUGUUCUGGUGCUCAACACUUUCAGGGGAAAACUAGAAUAGAAUAUUCUAACAAAUGAACUGAGAAAAGAAUUAUACAUUAAGUUUAUAUCGUUGGAGCCAAAAACUGAGUCCCAGGUUUCAAGACUCAGUUUAUAUUCAAAAUCCUGUAUCAUAGCCAGUUCAAUUUUCCUUAUGAUUUUUGACACAGUUUUCUGGCCCUAAAUUCUAGAAACUUCUGAUACAGGAUGCAACACCGAUCAAAUUCUUGAAGUUGAGUUUCUAGUUCUAUGUAACCUCUAAACAGCUUGACUUUUGGGCACAUCCCAAGAGCCAUACCCAGGCUCUUCCUUGCUGCGGUCGGGUUCUUGUUCCUGAUCUCAAAGUGGGCAUAGAGCAGCCAGAUCUUCGAGAAGGUAAAGUGCUUGUGUAAGUAAUUCAAGGCAAUAUUUGUACACCUGCCGAGUUCUCUUCACAUCCUCUGCCUCCAACUCUUCAAAGAGAGCAUAAUUGAUCCAAAGGUAGAUGUAGUGGCGCCAGAAUGAUUUCUCUUUGGUGGGAGGAACGUUAGCAAUAGCUCUCUCGUACGUCUCGCGGAUUACUUCCAGAUCACCCUCACUUUCCACCAGACGAAGAUAGUCAAACCAAGCAUCAUAAUUAUUUGGGUUUGCUUUGACCUCCUCUUCAUACUGAAAUUUCCUUUUGCUAACUAUAACAUCUUCUAUCCCUCUUUGAUCACCGUAUUUCUUUUCAUGGAUUGUGUAGGCUUUGUACAGUUCCUGUGUCCGAUUCUUUGGAAUAUGCUGUAAUGCAUACUUUUAGAUUACCCUUGCACGAUCAUGCUCUCUUUGACCUUCUUCAAACUUUGCAAAUGCGAGAAACAGCUUCUCAUCCAUUAACUCAUCUCCAAAGAACUCGACUGCUCGUUCAAACACACCCCGUGUACCUGAGAUGAAUCCAUGCUGUUCUUCAAACCUUGCAAAUCUGAUCCAAUUUCGAAUAUCUGGAUGAACAGACACAAACUUCUCAUAAAUUCUUCUUGCUCUGUCAGUCUCUUUGUAGCGUAGUUCAAAUUUGAUGUAUGUUAGCCAGGCCUGUUCAUCAGGUUCCCAUUCCAUCCAUCGAUCGAACACCUGACGUGCACCUGCCACAUUCCCAAUCAUUUCUUCCAUGUACGUAUAUUUGUACCACAACUGAUUGGCUCGUGGAAGAACAGUUACAGCUCGAUCCCAUAGAUUACGAGCGUGGUUAACUUGUCGGUUCCUCACCUCCAUUUCAGCGUAUCUCAGCCAUAAUAUGAUGUUGCGAUGAUCAACAUCCAAAGCUCUCUCAUAAAUGGACCGUGCCCUUUGGACUUCCUUUUGACUUUCCUCCCAUUGUGCAUAUUUAAUCCAGUUGCUAAUAACUGUACGAUUUUUCCUGAGGCUGUCCUCAAAGGCUUUUCUUUUCCUAUGCUGGUAAUCAGCAAGUUCAUCUGGAUCAGAGAUUUUUUGUUUUGGAGGAGGUGGCAAGAUUUAAAGAUCUCGUUCUUUGGCUUCUCUCAGAAGUUGUUCAGCAGUGAUCUGGACUUCUGCUGGAGCUUUGUUUUUUACAUUUGCCACUUUGGGCA